CCCGCCCGCGUCCUCCCCGGUGGUCCCCCAGCCAUGGCGCUGAGCGAGCCCAUCCUGCCGUCUUUCUCCACUUUCGCCAGCCCGUGCCGUGAGCGCGGCCUGCAGGAGCGCUGGCCGCGCGCAGAGCCCGAGGCUGGCGGCGCCGACGACGACCUGAACAGCGUGCUGGACUUCAUCCUGUCCAUGGGCCUGGACGGCCUGGGAGCUGAGGCUGCCCCGGAGCCGCCGCCGCCGCCCCCGCCGCCUGCGUUCUACUACCCGGAGCCUGGCGCGCCGCCGCCGCCGCCGCCGCCCUACGGCGCCCCCGCGGGCGGCCUGGUGUCCGAGCUGCUGCGGCCCGAGCUGGACGCGCCCACGGGCCCCGCGCUGCACGGCCGCUUUCUGCUCGCGCCGCCCGGCCGGUUGGUCAAGGCCGAGCCGCCCGAAGUAGACGGCGGCGGCGGCGGCGGCGGCGGCUACGGCUGCGCGCCCGGCCUGGCCCGCGGGCCGCGGGGUCUCAAGCGCGAGGGUGCCCCGGGCCCGGCGGCGGCGUGCAUGCGGGGGCCCGGGGGCCGCCCCCCGCCGCCGCCGCUGCCGCCGCCGCCGGACACGCCGCCGCUCAGCCCCGACGGCCCCGCGCGCCUGCCCGCGCCCGGCCCGCGCGCCCCGUUCCCGCCACCUUUUGGGGGCCCCGGCUUCGGCGCCCCCGGCCCGGGUCUGCACUACGCGCCGCCCGCGCCCGCCGCCUUCGGUCUCUUCGACGACCCGGCCGCCGCCGCAGCCGCCCUGGGGCUGGCGCCGCCCGCCGCCCGCGGGCUCCUUACUCCACCCGCGUCCCCGCUGGAGCUCCUGGAGGCCAAGCCCAAGCGCGGCCGCCGCUCCUGGCCCCGCAAGCGCACCGCCACGCACACCUGCAGCUACGCGGGCUGCGGCAAGACCUACACCAAGAGCUCGCACCUCAAGGCGCACCUGCGCACGCACACAGGCGAGAAGCCCUACCACUGCACGUGGGACGGCUGUGGCUGGAAGUUCGCGCGCUCGGACGAGCUGACCCGCCACUACCGCAAGCACACGGGCCACCGGCCCUUCCAGUGCCACCUGUGCGACCGCGCCUUCUCGCGCUCCGACCACCUGGCGCUGCACAUGAAGAGGCACCUGUAGCCCCGGGCUGCGCGCGCUCGGCCAGGGCGGGACCCGCGCGCCGGGCACGGCCCCCACCCUCCCCUGGGACUUGGUAUUUAUUGGGACCCCGAGGACCCGAGCCGGACACCGCGUGGCACGGAAAGGGGCUGCCCUCCCCGCCCCCACGCUGGACCGCCACGGCCACGGCCACGACCACGACGCCGCCACCGCUCUGGCCCUCACCGAGGACUUGAAGGCCCGCUGGGCGAAGACGCGACCCUCCUUCCCGGACGAGUUUUGGUUUCAAAAUGGUGCAAUACGUGAAGUGGCGGCCGCCUCCCCCUCCCCGCCUGGCUCGACACUAGGAGGCCCCCCCACGACAGGCGGCCCCCGUUUGUACUGUCCAUUUUCUAUACAUAGAUAUAUAUAUAUAUAUAUAUAAUAUUGUACAUAGUGACUGUGACAUUGUAAAUAGCCGAGACAGGUGGCCGUUUGGGCGCCCGAAUCUUUUUUUAUGACUUUUGCUGUGUUUUGUGUUUUUUUAAUUA